UGCUAGUGGUGGCCAAAAAAAGCCUGUUGGGUCUGAGGAGUGUAGGGAGGAGAGGGGGUUUGGCGUAAAGACAGCAGAAAUGGCCAGCAAAGUGGUGGACCUAUUGUAUUGGCGGGAUGUGGGAAAAACAGGACUGGUGUUCACAGGGCUGGUGGUGGGCUUGGCCUGCCUGUUUCAGCUCAGUGCCAUCUCUCUGCUCUCCAACCUGGGACUGGGCAUCAUGGCCUUCACCCUCCCUGUACGUAUCCUCUUCAAAACAAUGGACCUGGUCCGUCUUAACGAUGGAUCUCAUCCCUUCCAGUCCUAUUUGGAUGAGGACAGCACUUUGACAGAUGAGACCACAGUCCGUGUUGUGGAGAAGAUUGUGCUGCUGAUUGCUACUUUAGUGACCGAGCUGAAGAGACUCUUCUUCAUCGACAGUGUUAUAGACUCGCUGAAGUUUGUUGUGCUGCUGUACUUGUUGACCUAUGUUGGGAUAAAAGCCAAUGGUCUGACUCUAGUGAUUGCUGGCGUGAUUUGUGCUUUUUCUCUGCCUCUGGCAUACAGACUUCAGCAGGAACGAAUUGACAGGAUUAUCAGUGCAGUCCAAUCAUUGGUGACAAAAACGAAGGAGAUGGUUGAUCUUGUGACGUCAUUAAUCAAAACUCCUCCUCCUCCCGCUCCAACUCCUGCGCCUGCUCCUAAACCCAAACUCAAGACCAAAUAAUGAGGCUAAAGAAUGGAGGGAUGGAGAGAAGAAGGAAAUAAAGUCUUAUUUUAUGGCUGGGAGGUAUUAUUGAUGUAGGAUGACAGAAGAAGUGGAAUGACAAUUUUCUUUAUGGUGCUGAGAAUGUAUUGGAUUUUACUACAAUAGUUCAGCAGCUGGACUCUAUGACUGUGCAAAAAAAACAUAAAUCAGUAGCUUUGGAAAAGAAAGGCCUUGGUGGGAAAUCCCUAAGUCACCCCUGUGUAAAUGAACUAACUAUGGAAUUAAAGAAAUCCAUUUUAAUGGCAGGUUUUAGACUUUUAGAUUGCUUUGGGCUUAAUUUCUGAUGCAACAUUAUCACACAUGGGUGACAUGGAGGUAUGUGUGUGUGUGUGUGUGUGUGUGUCUGAGAGAGAGAGAGAGAGAGAGAGAGAGAGAGAGAUUGUGAAGUGUACCCUGUGAUGGACUUGGUUUUCAGUGUUCGUGGGAUAACCUCCAGUUCCAGCAUGACCUUGACCAGAAUAAAGUGCUUACUAGCCAUGAAUGAAUGGAUGAAUUAUCAUGUGUUAUGUAAAAAAGUUAGCAUUAGAUUUAAAUACACUUAUUUAUUUCUUAAAAUUAGACACUUCUUUCUUAUUUUUUUUUCUUUUUAAGGAAUCCUUAAAUGUUCAUUGUAGAAACUCACAACAGAAGAUUUCCCUUUCAGAAAAAAAUCUAUCUAUCUAUCUAUCUAUCUAUCUAUCUAUCUAUCUAUCUAUCUAUCUAUCUAUCUAUCUAUCUGUCUGUCUGUCUGUCUGUCUGUCUGUGUCUGUGUCUGUCUAUCUAUCUAUCUAUCUAUCUAUCUAUCUAUCUAUCUAUCUAUCUAUCUAUCUAUCUAUCUAUCUAUUUAUAUUUCUAUCUAUCUAUCUAUCUAUCUAUCUAUCUAUCUAUCUAUCUAUCUGUCUGUCUAUCUGUCUGUCUGUCUGUCUGUCUGUCUGUCUAUCUAUCUAUUUAUAUUUCUAUCUAUCUAUCUAUCUAUCUAUCUAUCUAUCUAUCUAUCUAUCUAUCUAUCUAUCUAUCUAUCUAUCUAUCUGUCUGUCUGUCAGUCAGUCAGUCAGUCUGUCUGUCUGUCUGUCUGUCUGCCUGUCUGUCUGUCUGUCUGUCUGUCUAUCUAUCUAUCUAUCUAUCUAUCUAUCUAUCUAUCUAUCUAUCUAUCUAUCUAUCUAUGAGCUCACCUUGUGGAUGAGUUUUUAGUUGCUUAAGCUGCUUUGAGCAAAGCAUUUCAGAAAACAAUGUCACUCUCUUAUAAAGACGAGUAAAAAGCUAAGAACUAGUAAAAAAGCCUUUUUCUUUUUUUUAUUCCUGUCCAAAGCUGUUGAAGGUUAUUCCGGCAAUUUGAGGACAGUGCCAUACUGUAUUCUCUCCACUAGAGGGCGUUAUAAGGCUAUACCAUUUUUCAACAACACAAUUCGGAGUAAUUUUUAUUUAUCUAUUUUUCCCACUGUAAGUUUAAACGAAAAGGAUAAUGCUCAAACAUAGCUUUUCAUAAAAAUUAAGAUGACCUGCCAUUACAUCUGUCCUACUCCUACCACACUAAACACUGAAUUACACAUGACAAAUUACAAAUGUCAUUUCCUUGGCAGUUUAACAGAUUUUACCUAAUUAUUUGCUGUUAAAUCUAUAAAAUGUGCUUGCAUAUCAUUACUUGACAUUAUAAGAAAGAUACCGAUUGCAAGAAAUAAAGAUAUUUUGUAAAAUUACUGUGAAACUGGAAAGCAUGAAAAUGAAUUAAAGAAUUUCCAGUGUAAUUUUA